AUGACACAAGCACCAGAAAUUAAAAACCGUUAUGUCAUUAAUGAUGGAGUAUUUUAUUUAUUGGGAAUAAUGGUAGUUGUUCCAUUUCAGUUUUGUCUAAAUUCCUUAGACUUUUGGAUGUACAAGUUAAAACCUCCUCUAGAUUCUGCAGGCAGACCGCCUGGACCGCCUGGACCACCUGUACCGCCUGGACCACCUGUACUCAGAAAUUCACAUGGCAUAUCAGAAGGUUAUAGUAUUAAAAAACUUAUAAAUUAUAACAGUUCAUAUGAGUAUUCACUUUUGGAAGAAAAUGAAAUAUGGGAUUCCGUCGUAACUAGGUUAAUUCCUUUUUAUGAUGGGUUGGUUUCAAAUGUAAAUGACACUACAUUACCUAAUGAAAGAACAGCGAUACAAGCUAAUUUUAUAGCAGGAUUUUACAUUACAUUUAAAGUAGCAUUACUCGCAGCCUUGUUGAUCUGUUCAUUUUGGUCUCAUAAACUAGCAUUACCGGAAAAGAGAUUGAAAUGGAGUUUGUUUGCACUUUGCAUAUUGUUUUCUGUAAAUACAGUAGUAACACAAAUCAAUAUUGGAAAUAUGAUCAAAUGGUUUUUUGCGGGAGCAAUGAUUUUCGCCACUAUAAUGAAUUUUUGUACCGGAAUGGCAAUUGCUAGCCUUUACGAAUUAAUAUCAAAAUUUCCUCCAUCCUACUAUGCUUCAAUCCAAUCGGGACAUAAUGUAUGCGGAAUACUUUCUGCUUUUCUCCAAGUAUGCCUCUUAAGUGCGCGAUUGCCUCCAAAUCAGCAUGCCGCAAUAUAUUUUGCUUGUGGAACUACCAUUUUAAUAGCCACAACUGUUUAUUAUUGCUAUACCAUAAACAAUUCCCAAUAUUUUAUAUACAAGAUUGGUCAGAAUGAGUCUCAGACCCAGGCAAAAGUGCAUCUGGCAGUUCCAUCACCUCGAACUCCAGUAUAUGAGCUAUUACUGAAGAUCAAGUGGUAUUAUGCUACUCUUGUUUUUAUAGAUUGGACUACAAAUAUAGUGUAUCCUGGAUUAGUAGUACUAGUAGUACCUUUUGACCGAGAUAGUGGAAACCAUGAUUGGAAAGAAAUAUAUUUCGUUCCUGUCAUUACUUUUUUGGGUUUCCAGAUUUGCAAUUUGAUUGGUCGAGAAACCGCUCGAAUAAUUAAAAGACCAAAACAUGGAAUUGUUCUCUUCGUCCCUGCAGUACUGAGAAUGAUUUUUGUGCCACUGUUAAUAUUUUGCAAUGCAUUACCCAGAAAUCGUUUGCCCGUGUUAUUUCACGACAAUGAAUUUAUAUGCAUACUAUAUAUAUUUGCUUUUUCUGAGGGAAUUUUAUAUAAUUUAGCUAUAGUAGCUCUACCAACGAUAUUAGAAAAAAGUGAGAGAGAAGCUGUGAUGGUUCUAGUACCUCUUGUGAAUUCAGUGACGGUUAUAUUAGCUUCAGGCUUAAAUGUGUUCGUAAAUAAUAUAUUAUAA